ACAUCGAUUUCUUUAAUCGCUAAAAAAAAUUGCAUGCAAAUAAGCUAAGCUUUUUUAAUUUUAUUUUUAUACAAUAUUAUAUAUAUAAUAUUAAACAAUAUAAUGCUUUCAAACAACGUACAAAAGGUACACAAGGGGUUUUAUUUGUCACCGAAAAGAAGGAAGUUGGGUAUGGAACACAAAGAAGAAAAAAAUCAAACUCCUGUGACUACAUUGAAGCAGCUUCCGCCUGAAAUUAUUGCACACAUUUUAAAAUUCAUUUCGUACAAGGCUUUAAGUGAUAAAAUAAGAAUGUUGAAUCGUCAAUUUCAGGCAAUUUCUGAGAAUAUUUUGAAUCGUGCUUUUAAGAAAUUAGGCAAAAAAAUGAUAAAGUUAAUUGCCACUUUCCUAGAGGUGACAAAAACAACGCAAAAUGACUCACAAUUAAAAAUUUAUUGCAAAUUAAUAAAUAUUUUAGAAUUUUUAAACACAGAGCAUGCUUUAACAAUGGCAACAAUAUGGAGAUACGUUUACAAUGAUUACUACAAGACAGAAACUUCUAGCAUGUACGCCGGAUUGCUUCUUGAUAAGUUAGAGGCAUUGCUGUCUAAGAUUAGCAAGUCUCCAUUGGAUGCAUUUAAAGUAUCAACUUUGUCGCACGAACACUUACCCAAAGAAGUAUCAAAUGUAAUAUCUAUGAACAAAACUUUCUGCAACUUUUUCGAUAGAACGAAUGAAUAUGCAGCACGGCACGCAUUAGUUCAUAGCGGAUCGAAAAUUGCCGACAUCCUUGAAUGUGCAAACUUCGCUACAAAAACUAUCGUUUAUGAAAAAUGUAUCGAAAACUUGUUUACAGCUAAGUACGUCUACUUCUUCAAGCGCUCAUGGUUCAUAGCGUUUCCGAUGGAAGACGUGCUGGAGACGUCGAGAAAGACGAAACAGAAAAUGAUGCAUUUGCGACUAAGAAGGAUGGUUUGGGCACACAAUUUGAUGUUCAUGCCUCAGGCUCAAUACGACAGAGAAUGCUUGAUUAGACCUAAUGGAAAUGUAUUAGAACCGCAUCCAAAUGUCUACACCGGGUACGGAGACAAGGAAGACAUAUUAUUUUUUUAUGGAGUGAUGAACGAUGGUGCUUACCGUCUCAAAUAUCAGGACGAUCUAGACGAUGAUGAUGAAGAAAGACCUGAGAUAAUUGAAGGUUCACCUUCGGACAGGGUACCAAAUUUAGGUUUAUCCGUAGAAUUAAGCAUCGACUGCCCCAUUAAGUAUUCUCCUUUGAAAUUUUUAAAGAGUUUUCCUCAAGAAAAAAUUAAAUCAUUGAAAAAUAAUAAUGAAGUUUGCGGUACUAAGAUACAGUUGAAAUGUGUUUGGGAAGGAGCUAAACGUCUUCGCCUCGAAGAGGAAUAUAACUACAAUUUCACAUCGAUGAUAUGAGAUUUAUUUUUAUUUUUUUUUUUUUAUAUUGACGUUAAUGUUGCAAUGAUUUUUUUAUGUGUAUGUAUUAAAUAUGAUCCUAAUAUAUGGAAUUAUAUUAUUUUAUCUUGGUCUGUUAAAUAAGAUACAGAUGGACUUGAAAAGAAAAAAAUUCACAAUUUUAUAUAUCAAAUUAAACUUAAUAAGACAUUUUUUGAAAUUUUUUUAAUGGAAUCAGUGGAAACAGUUUCACAGCCGUUUUUUUAACCUUAUUUUUAGAUAAAUAACUAAUUGAGGCAAUUUAUUUUUGUUCAAAAUGUGCUGACUGAAUUUUGAAUAAUAAAAGUAUAAUUUUACUAUUAAAUAACUGUUAAUUAUAAUGUAAUCUAUUAUAUUUUCGAAAAAUAUUACACUUUUUAUUUUGCAUUUGUUAUUUGAACAACCAUACUAUAAAUAUUAGAAAAAUUUCUACGCUUUGGAUUACUUUUCAUCACCAGUC